CCGCAGCUUGCGGCACAAACGCCACUAACUUGUCUGGCGCAGAGACUGGCAUCAGUAUGUCUACAACGUUUACACCGGUCGAGUCUGGCAUAGGAGGAGCCCUCAUUGGUCUCUCUGCCUUUGUGGCAUAUCAAGCAGAUGGAAAGAUCAUUGGAAUCAGUGGCAUCUUGGGGCCCUUUCUUCGAAGCGUGGUGAAAUGUGAGCUUGGGAACGAGCUGUGGAAGCUGUGGUUUUUGGUUGGCCUGUUUGCUGGAGGUUUCGUCAAUUUCCUCUUCAAUCAACCCUUUGCCUUCCCGGGAGCUGAGCCCUAUUCCAUCUCACGCUACGCUGUAGCGGGGCUGGUGCUGGGCCUGGGCACUCGAUUUCAAAGGGGUUGCACCUCUGGACAUGGCAUUUGUGGCCUACCACGUUUCAGCAUGCGCAGUUUGCUGGCGGUGCCAACCUUUAUGUUAUUUGCAGGUUUGGUGGUCUACAUGACCCGACACGUGAUGAAGCUGGACCAGCCAAAGAUGCCUGGCAUUGCUUCAUUGGAAUGGCCUCCAAGGCUGCAAUUUCCCGCUUGUGCGGUUGCCGCUGCGGUGGUGCUCACCGUGCUAUCCUUCUCGCCGUUGCCCAGCAGUGUGCAUGGUGUGAUCUCCCCGCUGGCAUCUGGCACGAUCUUCGGUUUGGGCCUGGGAGUGGCUGGAAUGACCAAUCAGGAGAAGGUGCUGAAUUUUCUGGAUGUGGCCGGCUUCUGGGAUCCAUCGCUGAUGUUUGUCAUGGGAUGUGGCAUGAUGGUGUCCUUUCCGGCCUUCUACCUGGCGGAGUCAGAUGACGCAAAGCCAAAGUGUGCUGAGAAAUUUGAAAAGCCUGGCAAAACUGGCGACUAUGGAACUUUGGUCGUGGGGGCCGUGCUUUUCGGCAUUGGCUGGGGUCUGGUGGGCAUUUGCCCCGGUCCUGGCCUUGCAGGUGUUGUGCCGAACCUGGUUACUUCUGAUGGAGGCUCUGGCGGCUAUGGCUUUGCCCUUUGUACACUACUGACGGCGGUCAUUUGGGUGGCCACAGAUCGAGGCUUGCAGACGGCCGGACCUGCCCCAUCAGCUUCAGACCAAAAGCCCCUGCUUCACAAAUGAUCAGGGCAAUCCUAAGCCAGCGCGAAGGAGGCGGAUGAUCGGUGCCACUUUGGUCUUGGCGCCACCGCCAUGGUCCUGCUGAAAUAAUUUGAGGAAUCCUGCAUUAAAUGGAGUGGCAUUUGCUCUUCAGCCGUGCACUUCUGUAGCCUGCAACCGCUAUUUGCUGUGCCAAGCUUUCAGAAUUUGGUCAGAAAGGCAGCAUUAUGUUGACACGAACCACGUGAAAAGCAUUUACACGUCAAGAAACUAUACUUGCAAAACAAAGGCAUGGGUGCUGUUGUGGCGAAAGCAGAUAGUCCGAUGCUGCUGAUAGGGCAAUUGUUAGCUGCUAGCCUUUAGAUGCAAAAGCACAGGGCGCCACAAAAAGUUGCGUGUAGCGUGUUCUGGGCGCGUCUUUAAAUGGGCCGGGCAGGUCAUGCCCAUUCACCUGAGGAUUUGCACAUCUAUUGCACGUACUGUAUCUCGCAGUUCGCUGGUACCAAGGCGCUGACCUAAAUCUGCUUCCUGAGCUUAUAGCUCAUUCUAGCUCAAGGUCUCCCAAAGCUGGGGCCUUCAUUCUGACAUUGGCAGCAAAGGAACGC